AUGAGGAAUGAUCUCUUCGUUGCUUCGGAAAAUGGUGAUCUUGAAACAAUUCAAAUUUUGUAUGGGCAGGACUCACGUGUUUUGUCUGACAUUACUUUGCGAGGAGAUAAUGCCUUGCACAUUGCUGCAAGGGAGGGCCAUGAACAUAUUGUUGGCUGGAUUCUUCAAGUGGAUUCAUUGGAACCCUCUUUGGUUGUUGCUCGAAACGAGGAUGACAAUACGCCAUUGCACGAGGCUGCUAAAUGCAGUAAUCCAGAUCUAGUCAAAAUUCUCUUUGACCCCAAACAGAGUUGUGCCUCUCAGCUUAAUAAGUUUGGAGACACACCUCUAACAAUAGCUUGUAAAUAUGGCCACGAGCAAACAGUCAAACAAUUGUUGGACUUGGAAGCAACUUACAAGGGAGGUAAGAAAAAUUGA